CCAGAGCCCAUCCAAGAUACCUAACCACUGCAACAUUCCCGAGUCAAAAUGGGACCGCCUGAAGGAUACUCUCAGGGACAAGUCAGGGAGGGCAUGUCCAUUCCGGGCCGGAUUCGCUUCACCAACCGCACCGACACCAAGGCAAUUGUUACCAAGUGCAGUGGAUACUCCAACGGCUCGUAUCCUGCGCUGGCAUGGAGCGGCGAACCAUGCACCGGGUCUGUCCAGACUGGUGUGAUGGAAAUCCCGCCCGAGUAUGAAUCGACUUGGAUCAAAUUUUCGCUGGGCCUUCCUCGUAUCGACAAACUCUUCGUGACCAUUUAUGUCGGCAAUCUCAACUCUACCGGACCGAACGUGAAUACCAGGGACGUCCACUUUGUGUUUCACGACACCAGUGGCGAAACGGCCUUGUACGACCAUUACAAAGAUAAAAAGCACUUUGAGGUCAAGGUCGAAACGUCUAACAACGAGACGCACUGGAUUCUGGACUGGAAGGACAAGGCAGCAUUUGACAAGAUCGACUGGAGCGCCGAUGAGAGGUGGAAACCCUACUCUUCUGUGGAGACCCUUGCCCUGGGUGCUUCUGUCCUCCCUGUAUAUGACACGGUUGGAGGCCAUGCGAGGAUGUUUUUCGGCCCCAAAGGUGUCGACAACGCCAAUCCAGAUGGGAUUCCUAUCAGGGUCCUGCAACUGGACGACUACGGCCUCGAAGUCUCGUUCCGCAGAGUCACAUGGCCAGCGCCCAUCAUUGAUCGACUCGGGGAUACUGUCAAGGUAGUCUUGCAAGGCUAUUUUCAACCGCACGACAGCAAUGCUCCAGAGUCGGAACCCUGCACCGGGGAUGUGCCACUUGAGCUGUCUUUCUCUCAGAGCAGCUCCCGGACGCAGAUACAACUGAAACCGGCGAGACAGUAUCUUCCCUGGGGUCUUCGUGGUAGGAUCUGCUGGUCCCUUCUCCUGUCGGAUUUCGACAACCACCGUAUGCAGAUCGGCGAAAGUCCCGUCGAGCUCUACUUUGUCGCGUCGGCUCAGCUUCCGGAAUUCCUGUACCGUGGCAUACCAGUCGGUCUCUUCCGGAAGUUCCUGCUCCCGCUCCGCCUCAUGAGCGAGGACGACGACAUCGGCAAGUUCAAUGACGACGCAUCCGAACGAAGAAUCGGCGACGACGAGAACGGCUGGCUGGUCUACGUGACCGAGAAGCUGCACUUUCAGAAGAACAUCUGGUACGACUCUCUCCACGGCGGAAGCUGGCACUACUUCUCUGGUGGUGCAGCGCCGCUCCAUCUUGAUCACUGGGUCGACGAUUGCGCCGAGAAGGAGAAGCACACCAUCAACUGCUAUGAUCUUGCCGGGUUGACGCACGCGAUUGUGCCGCUGGGGCUUCGGAGCGCCGACCGCUACCUGCAGAUGAAGCGCAUGCAGCCCUUCGGCUACAUCAAGAAGGCGCAGCUGAUCGGCCGAGGAGUGUCAAACAGUCCAAUGUCCAACGGUACUCCGGUGGUGUUUUUCCGCGAAGAAAACGAUGUGCGGCGCACAGCCUUUGGCACCCAUGUGUUCAUGACCAUCGCCGAACGGAAAGGAGCCGCCGAAAUGGUCAUGGACGCGACUUGUCGGCCCUUGUCGGGCGGGCCGCAUGCCGGCCGAGAGACGCUGGCCGAGUAUAUCAAGAACUCGAUCGACCACACCACAGAGCUGUAUCAUGUGCCGGACAGUGAUCUGAAAGAGGCCGGGAUAAGCCCAAAACGCCUCGGUGUCCUGCGUGAAGGGAAGUACCCGAACCCGGUAAAUUGGGUUGGUGUCAACAAGCUGGCCACGCAGCCCGAGAUCUUCUUUCCGGAGCUACGCCACGACUCGGCUGGUGCAGAAGACAAUGUUCUAGCCAAUGUCGAUGAAAUCUUUGCGGGCUGGGACGCCUGCGAUCCCAACUUCGUGGUGAACUCCAACAACCUGUCGGCAACCUGGUGCAUGAUGAAGGACGGCGAGUGCCUCAACCUUCGCAUCUCUCGUUGCACACUGGAGGCUGAUGCACGCGAGCUAUAUGCCCAAGCCAAGGACCGGCUGACCCAGCCGGGCCAGGGCACGAUCCUGACAGACGAGUACGAAGAGGCCCCCAAGGACAUCCAGGUGGCGUGGAAGAACAAGCACGUGGACCGCAGCCACCUCGCCGUUUCUACGGAUAACAGCGGCGUCAUCCUCUGGACCCAGGGCCCGCUUUUUGUCAUGAUAACCAAGGACAGCCGCGAUGACCUUGCCGAGUAUGUUAAGAAACUGCAGGAUUUGAUCAGCAACUUGAAAGCCCCCGAACCUCCAGCGCUCAAGGUUGAAGGCGAGAGUGCCGGCGAAAUUCCCAGAACGUACAGGGUUGGAGAGACCUUCGACAUCAAAGUCAGCAACUUGCCCGAGGAAAUGAUUCCCCUUAACGUUGAUAUCGAGAAAACGAAAGUACUUUAUCUCUCGUCGUCCAAGGCAGGCGACACAGCAACGUUCAAGUUCUUGGCUCGUGCUCGGACUGACAAAAACGACACGAUCAAGUUUAGCAGAUUCGAUGCCAACAUGAAAUACUGGCAGGCUGCCGCCACGGUGUCUGUAGAGAUAGUAUGAGUGGCUUUACAACACGCGAAUUAGUUUGCUUUCGAGAUAGUUUCAGGGGAGCUGUUCAACUUGGGCCGGAGCAGCGCCUUGAUUAAUUAUAUCGUGGAAUUAUCUAGUUAUCCUCACAUCAGUUUACUAGAUCGACUUUAAGCUAGGAAUAAUUUAAUUAUCCUCUCAUUGA